AUGCUGGGCAGCAAGAAUAUCGGUCCGAUCCCUCCGUUGCCAACAGUAGAAGGGAAAGAGCUGGUGGAGCGUUUGGAAAAAGCCCUGUCUGGCAUGCACAGGACACAAACAUCAGGCUCUGUACCAGUGAAACAGGAAACAACGGAAUCUACGAAUAAUACAAGUACCAAUCCAGCCAGCGAUGACGUAGAUGUGGUGGAUGUUGCCACACGAGUGGCGAUGGCUGUGGAGUUUCUUAGUGAAUGGUCGCUUUAUCCGGAGAACGAAGUGUUCCAACGUAUCUAUGCUGGCAUAACUGAUCCCGAAUUGAUUGGUGAUAAGGCCAAAUGGUUUUCCAAAUCCUUGCCACAAAUCCAUUUUCCUGUAUGGAGCAAAAGUACCGGUGCGUUGCUCGAAUUGGUUCUUUGUUGGGCCGCACAAAUUCAUUCAAAUGCGGAUGACAGUACUGCUAGUGGCGGGACGAAUGGAACACGUCCAUCUCUGCCCGCAUUCGAUUACACACAAUAUCGUACCCAACGACUGGACUUUUCCAACGCAUUUUGUCCGCCCAAGAAUAGUGACGAUCAACUUCGUGGUGCAAUCAAAUCUCGUGCAUCUGUUAGAAGACGAAAGAAGACGCGACCGUCCGAUUUGAUCGGGGAUGUGGAUCGAAAUAGCGGACAGUAUGGCAGUGUCCCCGAUGAUCGUGCCUUGGCGUCACAGUUCACAUUUGAUCAAUCAAAUUCGAACUGGGACAGUUCAGCUGAUAGCUCAUCAGAACUAAGUGAUGUUGAUAUCUGGGACUUGGCGGGAAACAAAGAAGGGGAAAGUGCUGCUGUUCACGAAGACUCAAAUGUCCCUGUGGACAAAGAAUUGGGCAUUGGUGACCUGCUAAUGCGUACGUUGGCUAUAACCGAGGCCAUCUGUAUUAAGUAUUCGACCCACGAACUAUUGACCCAGAAACGUUUUAUCCAAGCUCUCCAUCUCCCCUGGGUUCGCGAACCCACUCCUCCCCCACAACCGUUGUGA